AUGGUCCACAAAGUUCUCUUCUGGAGCGGCUUCGGCAUUGCCGUCCGCCUAUGGCAACUCGGAAUCGAAAUGCGUCCUAUCCUCGCCCGGGAAUCCCUCUGGGUCUACCCUCUCUUCGCCGGUGUCGGUGGAAGCUUCGGCUACUGGCUCCAGGGUGUCGAGAACCGACAGCUCAAGAUGCUUGCACAGCGCCGCGAGGCUAUUUUGGAGAAGCGCAGACGACGGGACCAGCGUGAAGGCGUCAGCAAGGACGAGGGUGCCAUUCUUGCUGCUGCCUCAACAUAA